CACAAGUGAGUAUUUCUCUGCACUGACAGUGAAAAAAGCUUUAACCAGUUAAACAGCCUGAAAAGUAAAUUGCACAAUUCACAGCAGAGACAGACCAUUAACAUGUUCGGUGUGUGGACAAGGUUCAACUGAUUAUUAAACCUGGAGAGAGAAUGAGAACAUUAUCAGCAUGAAUAAAUCCUGGAAAUGUGGACACUGUAGGCAGGGAUUACCCUCCCCAUCUGCACUUGAGAUUCAUGAGCGCAGACACACUGGGGAGAGGCCAUUCACCUGUUUUGUGUGUGAGAAAGGAUUCAGUGCUGUCUGUGAUCUGCUGACACACCAGAAGGCUCACGCUGUGGAGCAGCCAUUCACGUCUGACUGUGGGAAGGGACUUACUGAUAUAUCCACCCACCUGACACACAAGCGUGUUGAUAACCAGAAGAGGGUAUUCCCCUGCUCUGAGUGUGGGAAGGUAUUCACCAAUUCAACCAGCCUGCUGAGACACCAGCGAGUUCACACUGGGGAGAGGCCAUUCAACUGUUCUCAGUGUGGGAAGGGAUUCUCUGAUUCACACACCGUCCUGCGACAUGAACGGAUCCACACUGGGGAGAGGCCGUUUACCUGCUCUCACUGUGGGAAGGGAUUCAUGCAGUUACCUGACCUGCAGAAACACCAGCGGGUUCACACCGGGGAGAGGCCAUUUACCUGCUCUCAGUGCGGGAAGGGAUUCACGCAGAUAUCCAACCUGCAGAGACACCAGCGAGCUCACACUGGGGAGAGGCCAUUCACCUGCUCCGAGUGCGGGAAGGGAUUCACGCAGUUAUCCAGCCUGCAGAAACACCAGCGGAUUCAUAAGGAGGAGAGGCAGUUCACCUGCUCUCAGUGUGGGAAGGAAUUCACGCAGUUAUCCAACCUGCAGAGACAUCAGCGAGUUCACACUGGGGAGAGGCCAUUCACCUGCUCUCAGUGUGGAAAAGGGUUUGCUGAGUCGUCUGACUUGGUUAUUCACCAACGGACUCACACUGGGGAGAGGCCGUUUACCUGCUCUCUGUGCGGGAAGGGAUUCUCUCAUUUGCACGUCAUGCUGCAACACGAACGGAUUCACACUGGGGAAAGGCCGUUCGUCUGCUCUCAGUGUGGGAAGGGAUUCACACAGUUAUCCAACCUGCAGAGACACCAGCGGGUUCACAGCGGGGAGAGGCCGUUCAACUGCGUUCAGUGCGGGAAGGGAUUCACGCAGUUAUCCAACCUGCAGAGACACCAGCGGGUUCACACCGGGGAGAGGCCAUUCUCCUGCUCUCAGUGCGGGAAGGGAUUUGCUGAGUCCUCUGACUUGGUUAUUCACCAACUGAUUCACACCGGGGAGAGGCCGUUUACCUGCUCUCGGUGCGGAAAGGGGUUCUCUGAUCCGCGCGCCGUGCCGCAACAUGAACGGAUUCACACCGGGGAUAGGCCGUUCGCCUGCUCUCAGUGUGGGAAGGGAUUCUAUCGAUUAUCCAGCCUGCAGAAUCACCAGCGAGUUCACACCGGGGAGAGGCUAUUCACCUGCUCUCAGUGUGGGAAGGGGUUCACACAGUCAUCCAACCUGCAAGCACACCAGCGUGUUCACACCGGGGAGAAGCCAUUCACCUGCUCUCAGUGCGGGAAGGGAUUCACACAGUUAUCCAGCCUGCAGAAACACCACCGGUUUCAUACUAAGGAGAGACUGAUCACCUGCUCACGACUUGGGAAGUGAUACACUUGAUUAACAAGCCUGCAGGAACAUAAGUGAGGUCUCACAGGAGUGUGUUCUGCUGUUCGUGCUGCUGCUCAUCACAUUCAGGACUGAACCGUGUUCAUUGUGCCAGUGGGUGAAGUUGGAGAUUCAGAGCGUUUCUUUCGACUGGGCUGGCAACCCUCACCACUUUGCUUCCAGUGAGGUGGAUGCCUCAAAUUUCAUGCCAAUUACUGAAUGAAAUGAAGGCUUGGACGGUUGGAGUUCUUUAGUUUGCAUUUCAUUUUCUCUAAUAGCAUGCCAUAUUGGCAUGAGGAUGGUCACAUAAGGCACUUAUCUUGUUUAAUUCACUUGGGUGCUUCUCACAUAAGGCACUUGGAGAUUUGUAAAGUUGCACCUCCUUUGUAAUCGCUGAGGGUAAAACAAGCUGAGUUUGGAGCUGGAGGAAGAAAUCUCCAAUGAGACGGAGUGAAAGGCAGUGAAUUCCACGAUGGUAGGGAGCUGUCAUAAGGACAAAUGAAUGAGAAUCAGGCAGGCCAUUCACCCCUUCGAGACUCGCAUCACGGUGUGAUAAGAUUAUGAUUAAUCGGAUUAUCAACUCCACUCCAUGUUCCUGUUGAAACCCUCAAAGAUGUGUCGUCAAGGUGGUCAAAAAGAUCAUACGGAAGAUGGAACUCCGUCGGUAGAACUGAUAUGUUCAGUGUGAAAGGGUGGAACGUUUAAAGCAAAUUGCUAGAGAUCAAGAAGUAAAUCAGUGCUGGUAAAAGCAUCUGCUGUUUCUCCAGGGAAUGUCGCACCAAAGAGGAAAGCUUCUGAGAAACCAAUCCUCUCUAAUACAUUUAUCAUGGGUGAUAAUAGAGGUGAGGGGUACUGAAACAUUUUUCAGGAAAGUCUCUCCAGAUGUCCAAAAAAGAUUUUUAUUCUGAGUUGAAGGCUCAGCUAAAACCUUUAUUAGGAAAAGCUUUGGACGUUUUUGUAAACGUUAAUCGUACUAGUACAUAUUAUUGUGGGGAAAUAUGUGUGGAAGGCACUCGUUAGAGCACAGCUGGAAUAUUGUGAAGUUUUGAGCCCCUAAUCGAAGCAAAGAUAUCCUGGCAUUUGGAGGCCCUGCAGAGCCUGUUUGUUAGUCUUAUACCAGCUAUGGAGGGACUUUAGAGGAGAGGAUGAAUACGUUAGCCCUGCACUUCUGAGGACAUAGAAGAAUGAUAUGUUACCUCACUGAAAUAGAGAAGAUUGUUAGGGGAUUUAACAGGGCAGAUGUAGAAAACUUACUUCCCUUUGUUGGAGAGUCGAGGACCACGUUGUGUAAUCUCAGAAUAUUUGGUCAUUUACUUAAAACAGAAAUGAUGAUGCUUCUUCAUUUAACUUUUCAUUUACACAAUAAAAUUUUUUUCUUGUUUAA